UUCACUUGAGGCACAAUUGGCACUUCAGCCACUCCACUUAUGACAAGACCACCUGGAGGAUCCGCAGAAUAUCGUUCAAUACGGCUUCGGCCCACCGGAAAUGAGCCCUCGAACGCGAUCCAGGAAGAGGGGGGGCGCGGUGUCCAACCUCAUCCUGAAUGCCAUCUCCUACAGCGGCCCGUCUGGCGUCACCUUGGCCGGCCUCAGGAGAGUCCUGAAGGCCAACGGCUAUGAUGUGGUGCGCAACAGAGCCCGGCUGCGAAUGACCGUCCGCAGACUGGUGACCAGGAAGUACAUAGUGCGCACCAGGGGAAGACGCCUCAGGAUCAACCCUUACGGCCCUCGCAGGCGCAGAGGCGUUCGAUUGAGGCGGCGAAGGAGGAGGCGGCGGAGAAGGCGGAGGACGAGACGCAGGAGAGUUAGGAGGAGACGCUCCAGGAGAAGAAGGCGCAGGAGGGCCACGCCCGGCCGCAGGAGGAGGAGGAGGAGGAGGAGAAGAAGGAGGAGGAGAAGGAGGUCCGUGAGGAGGAGAAGGAGGAGGAGAUCCUUGAGGAGAAGGUCCGUGAGGAGAAGGAGGAGGAGAUCCAGGAGGAGGAGGUCCUUGAGGAGAAGGAGGAGGUCCCGCAGGAGGAGAUCUGUCAGGAGGAGGAGGAGGAGAAGGAGGGUCAGGAGGAGGAGGAGGUCAAGGUACCCAAGGAGGAGAAGGAGGAGGAGAAGGAGAGUCAGGAGGGUCCGCAGGCUGAGGAGGAUCAGGAGAGUCAGGAGAUACAGACGCAGGAGGAGACCCAGGAUGCGCAGGAGGAGAAGGAGGAGAAGAAGACUGAGCAGGCUGUACUAGUGGCAGCUGAACAUGGACUGUAUAUACUCUGCCAUUUUCUCUAUUCAUAUAGACUUCUAUUUAUCACUAAUGGACCUUUUCACUUUUCAUGCCACUCUGUUUUAAUAUUUCUGUGUGCAAAUAAAACAUUCAUAGACAGCUGGCUUGGACCUCAUUGAAACUGUAAAACCUUUU